CUGUUUGGAAACAGUAAGGGCUGUCCAUAUAAACAACUAUGGAAAUUUUUGUGUUAAAGAAAUAAUUUACUAACUAAUUUAAAACCAGAUAUAUAACGCAAGAUGUGCAAAUAUUCAAUCUGAUGAGGUCUUGAUCAUGGAGUUGAGUGAAGAGGAAGAUAAUAAUACCAGGAGAAAUGAAAACAAUGAUGAGGAAAACGAUUCACUACAAACUUCGACCAGAAAGAGCAGAAGACAGAAACGUCAAAGACAAUAUUUUACACCAGAUGAUGAGAGUCAAUCAAAAAGAGCUAAUCUAUUGAAUAAGAAGAAAGCCAUUUCAGGAAAUAGAAAUAGAUUCAUUAACAAACGGAAAUUAAAACCAGUGUGGAGUUGUGGUGUCUGUAGAUCACCUUAUGUAUCGGAUCCAAGGAAGAGGAAAAAAGUCAGCAAAAAUAAACAAAGUCGUCAUAAUCCAUGUCCUAAAGUUCAUUUAGAUUCAUUCUCUAAUAAAUAUAUCGAGAUUUGUAACGCUUGCGAUUUAAUAUUGAAUCCAGUAAAGAAACCAGACCCAGCCCCUCCACUGCUCAAACCAGAAGAUAAAACUAGAAUGCUCCAUGAAGCCAAGGAUUUUGCAACAAAUCUCGCUGAUGAACUGAAUGAUAGAGAUGCUGAACGUUUGUUUUGUGGCCAUUUUAAGAGUAUUACAAUAUGUGGAUGUUUACAGACAUAUCUUAACGAAGUUCCUGACAAUCGUGUGGAAAAAGCUAAAGAAUUUUUACAGUUUAUGAAGGAAGCUAGACGGCUAUCAAAACAGAAAUUUUACAAAAAAGAUCCUCAAAAGAAGAUUUUUGUUGGAUUAGGAAAUGGUCAGAAGAAAUCAAGAGAAUUUGAAAAUUAUAUAUUUGAAAAGCGACAAUAUAUUCGACAAGAUCUGAAACUAUGUGAGACAGCGUGUAAACAAAUAUUACUCUAUUCCAAUAAUUUCCUUCAUAAAAACAUUAAAACAGAAAUGAGACGUCGUAUGACGAGAACUAAAUGUAAAGGAAAGUUGAAUAUUUUACCAAAUAUCGACACUCUACAUCAACGAACCUGCUGUUUCUAUAACUGUGUUAAUAUGGCACAAUCUCACAGUUAUUUACUGUAUGAAUGGAGAAGUCGUGCUCAGACCUGUCAGGCAGAAGCAAGACGUGUUUUAGCAGAAAUGUUGACUCCUUCAGGUGGUUAUAGAUGUAAUUGUAACAGGUUCAUUCAUUGGAUAACUGGCUGUAGUAGCGGUACAAUACAGCGUGUCAACAGACAGAUGAGGGAGACACGAGGUAAUCGGGAACCACCACAACAUGGUUUACGGAAGAACUGGGAAGCAUGUAAUACAACUACAGAUAGAGAUUUAGAUACAGGUAGCCAAUCAACUGACAUUAUCGAAAACACUGUGCUGACUGAAGAUGCUCUUCCAGUAGUCUCUAACAUCACAACAUUAAUACCGUUUACUCCACAGCAACAAUCAUUGCAACAACAGUUAUUACAGAAACAACAUCCAUCCACAGUACAGCAACAAUAUCAGUCCAGGAUACAGCAACAACAUCAGUCCACAAUACAGCAACAAUAUCAAUCCACAGUACAGCAACAACAUCAGUCCACAAUACAGCAACAGCAUCUGUCCACAAUACAGCAACUACAUCAAUCAACAUUACAGCAACAUCACCAGCCCACAGUACAGCAACAUCAAUCCAUGAUACAGCAACCACAUCAGUUCACAUUACAGCAACAACAUCCGUCAACAAUACACCAUCAAUCCACAAUACAGCAACAACAUCAGUCCACAGUACAGCAUCUGCAUCAACAACAGCACCCCACAGAAGAAAAACAUCAACAAACAAUGCCCACAGAUGCACAACAUCAUCAGUCUACAGAACAUCAAUAUGAACAACAACAACAUUUUGCAGUACAACAUCAACCAGCAGUAGAAAAACAACAAACUCAACCAUCUACAGUGCAACAACAGUAUGCAGUAACAAAACAACAACUGCCCACAGUAGAACAUCCAGUGACAUCACAGAAUAUGGCUGUUACCAAUCUUCAGCUGGUUUUAGAUCAAGUGUCUCAGCUACAACAAGCUGUUCAAAAUGUAUCAAUAGAUUCAACCAAUGAAGCAGCAACAUCCCAUAACAUACCUGCUUCCCCCAGCAGCUACCAGCAGGUCCUGACCAAUGAUCAACUUCUUGGAUGCAAUAUGAUUAACCCAAACAUGGAUUUAUCAGAAGAGAAUCGCUCCUUACUCAGCAACAUCCUCAAGUUGGACAACUAUAAUACUCAGCUUCUUCAGGGUAAUUCUGAGAUCAUCAAAGCCAGUUCAAACAACAUUCAACGAACGGUUCAACCUGAGAAUCAGCAUCAAAGAGUUGAAAACACCACAGUGAAACACCUGUCUUGGAAUUCUCAAGAACAACCAUCACCAGAAAGUAGUCCACCAAAUCAAUUUGUAAAUAUCAGUCCAUUAGUAAAAGCAAAGAGAAGCUCUAGACCUAGAAUACAAAAAAUGUCAACAAGAACAAAAGGCAGACCUGUUAAAGAGAAGAAAACAAUUCUAAAAUCCAUCCUAAAUUCUGAUGCAUCUGCUUCACCACCAUAUAAAAGCACAAUCACAAAUUCAUCUUCAGCUUCUAUGAAGAAUCCCAGUAGCCAAUUAGGAGUGUUCUUAGCUUCGCAAGAGGCACCUAUAAAUUCAUAUGGAAACAACAUGAUGACCCCAUCAACCAGCCCAAUGAAAACCAGCAAUUUCAACAUGCAAAAAACGUCGCCUGCUUCAUCAGUACCUCAUUCGAUAAUAUCACCAACUUAUCCAGAGCAAAGUAUUUCCACAAUUACUUCAACUGUCCUUGCUGAAGCAAAAUAUCUGAGUAACCAAUUAAAGAACAAAACAGUAUCAUCAACUGCUCCACGACUCCACAUUAAUAUGGCACAACAUUCAAGAACUUCAACCACAAAUCCACAUCAAAGAAUCACAUCGUCUAACAUUCAGACAAAAAAGAAAAAUCUUAACAAUAAAAUAUCACUGUCUGCUUAUCCACAAGUUCCAGUCACUUCAUCAGCAACUUUAGCUUCUCAUUCUAUGGUAACAUCACAAUUGAAUUCUGAAAAUACAGGAGAGGCUUCUUAUAAACAUGUUUCAGCUCCUAAAGAAACUCCUAAAACUUUAGAAACAUGUCAGUUCCAAGUGUCUAAUGGAAAUCAACAGAUAAAAGGUACUCAAAAGGAAGCACAAAUUGUUCAAUUCCAAGACUCAAGUCCAAAUGUAGUUGGUGUCAGUCAACCUAUAUUAGAUCCUCAAAGGACUACAUCAGCAUUUCAGUUCCCUGUAGGGAGUCAGAUUCAAUCUAUUGUUGGUCAGCUACCUCCAGUUCUUCCCAAUACUCCAAUACAAGGUUUUGUUGGUGAGGAUGGCAUCCUGAACUUUAUUACUCCAUUUACAACAGUACCCAUAGAACCUCAACCAUGUACUAUUGUCAGCUCUAACACUUCUUACGGAGGAAGAAGUUACCCCAAUUUAGCUCCAAAACCACCUCCACCACCCCCAAGAGCUGUCCAGAUUCUUCCCAUUCAGCAAUAUCAGAAUCUUCAGCAAAAUCCUCCAAACUUUUCUGAGCAGCAAACUUACAUUCUAUCCUCUACACCAGCGGGUCAGUUGAUGCCAUACACUAGUCCAUUACAAUCAGAUUCACAGCAAGGACAAACAAUAAUAUACCAACUUCCUCAAAGCUUCCAGACGAUCACAGUUCAGCCGGAGGUCACUGGAUUGGGAAAUGUUGACCAAAACAUAUAUGGAAACAUUCAACAAUUACCUCAGCAGAUGGCUGUCUCAAACCAAGAUCAAAAUGUCAUGGAAAUUCCCCAACAUGUCAGUCUUGCAGGAUCAAUAAAUGAUUCCAAAAACGUUAUCAUUCAUUCAACACCAAUUUCUUAUCCACAAUCAACAACAACAUAUAGUUUGACCACUAUGCAGCCUCAGUCAGUAUCAUCAACACCACCACCAACACCACUCUCUUACGCCUGCAGAGGCAAUCAAAGAGUCACCUACACCAAAACAGAUGAAUCUAGGAGAACACAGUGGAAAGAAGAUGUAACAGCUGCUCAAAGCUGUGCUUCAGCCUCACAGGAACUCAUCACAGACUCUAUCGUGGGCAAAAGUAAAACCAUUCGAGUUACAACUCACAGGAACAGAAACCCUCUUUCAAAGGAAGGAAUGAGAUUUAUGGAAAAUGGAAAAAGUCAAAGCAGCAGUAAUGUGUCCACGAAAACAAUAGCAUCUGUUGACUCUGGGACUAAGCCUUUGAAAAAAGCAAAUGUUUUAAGAUCUACAAAAACUUCUGCGAAAGCUUCUUAUUCAGAUUCCUCAGAACACCCAGCGGCAUUAUCUGUGCAAGGAUCUGUGGCAGACAAGAGUAAUAAGUCAACCAAGACUAAUAAAAGUCGUAGGAUCAAAAACAAUGCUACUUUAGUUUUUCAUAACUCGGAUCCAGUUUCUAUAGCUGCAGCAGCUCCAGGUCCUGUUACGACGAAGCAUGUGACUCGUUCAACUAGGAAACAAUAUUUGACAGGAAAUAAAAUUUCGCCGGUGAAUUCUCCAGUGACAGUUCCACCUGUAAAAAUGUCAGUCGAGCAGCCCUUAAAAAUACGCCAUAAGUCAGGAAAUCGGCUGCAAGCAUCUUCAGCACCAACUGUUUCUUACGCUGGAGAAACAUCCAGGUCGCGUAGUGGUUCCAUCACGCCAACAGUAUCCAGUGGUCAAAUUAAUCAACCGACGAACCAGUUCUCAGCCAACUCAUUAUUAAGUUUUCCUGUGCUUUUAUCGAGUCCCGAUAAUGAUCAAGUGAUAUCCUUCAUUAAUUCUGACCCUGAUCUCAGUAGUAUGCGUAGCCGUAACUGUAGUGGGGAGAUAACCCUGGACCCAAAUUUUACGUCUUUAUCAGCCAAUGAUCUGCUACAGAUGUUAUCUUCACAGCAGGAUUCAAAUAUGAAAUCCUAGCAAACCCUCUGACAUAAAGUAAUAAUUUAGAUAAAGACAAUUGCCUCUGAAAACUUGAUUAUAACCUGAAAUUUGUCUUCAGACCUGUAAAUAAUUGUUAUUAAAUAACUGUGUUUCUAUUCAAUAAAUCAUAAUUUUCUCUCAUUUUUGGGUAGUAUUGGCCGAUUAUUUUACAAAAAUGAAUAGAAUAUGGGUUAAUAUAAUCAAGGGAGCUAUUUGAAGUAUUCUGUCAGUUUUUUCACAAUAUUGAGGUAGUACAUGUAUAUAUGUGGUAGUAUUUGGUAAUAUUGAGUUCCUAUUGGGUAAAUUCUCCUGCUCAUUAAAGUUGCACUUGACAAUAUGUUGAACUAGUAUAUGACACUUUGAACUUUGUGCCUGUAAUAUUAUCAAUGAAAAUAAAAACGAGAACUAGAAAAAGUGAAGGAUACCAGCGGGAUUAUGGCUGACAAAGCCUGAAUUUGUGCCUGACAAUGUGUGUAACAUGUGCCUUGUUUAAAAUAAUGAUAAUGAUAAUAAUACCGUCAUUUAUAAAAUGUGUUAAUACUGAAGAAGAGUUUCUGAUGCACUGUUAACAGAUUAUUGAAAGCUCAGGGUUUUGAAACCAGAAUGUUUUGAGCUGAGACUUUUAUUUCCUGUGUUCUUAACCUACAAAUUUAGAUUAUCUUUAUCAAAAACAUUUAAAACAAGGCCUGGGGGUGUUAUUCAUGAAUACUUAAACAUUUUAUUAUUUCUGCAUUUUCAUUGGCUGGGAAUUAAACUUCCAUUACAAAUUUUAGCUUUUAACCAAUGAAAAGGGAUUAGUCUUAAAAUAUUUUGUUUUAAGAUUAGAUGAAUUCACCCAUGGUCUGUAGGUUAUUGUGAAUACUUCAAGAAUCAAUUUGACAAAAACAUAAGUUUGUUGGGGGGUGUAUGUGACAAAAAUAGUGUGUAUGUGUGUGUGUUUAGAGACCUGAGACUAGGUUUUUGACUUGUGAAUAUUUUGGUGCUGAUUAUGAAUAUGUCUUUGUGUAUAAUUUCAUGUGAUAUACAUACCAUAAGUGCUUUAUCAUAUCAACUUAAUAGUUUUAUUUCCCUGACAUUUAUUGAUUAGAAAGUAUAAUUCUUAUAAAAAAAAAUAAUAUCUUUGGCGAUACUUUAAAAGAAAUUGUAUCGCUGUUAGUAAACUUGGACGAGCGUUAAUGUAUAAGUGAGUACCGUAAAUGUCACUGCGCUGUACCAUCCUGAAUCUGUAGUGAUAAAGGCUUCACUCAAAAUAAAAACAAACUCACAACAAAGCAAACAAUCCACAGAAAAUUGCGGGGUGGGGGGGGGAGUUGGAUGGCCGAAUGGAUAGCAUGUGCGCGCUGUAUCAUAAGGCCUGUCAUUGAGUCAACUGGCGUGGUUUCAAAUCCCUGGUUGUACGUGAAAAGGAUUAGGGUCGCAUGUCCAACCUCGUGGGUUUUCUCUGGGUUCUCCGGUUUCCUCCCACUGUUAAAGACCCCUACGCGCAAGUGAAUUAUAGAAAUAAAAUUAAACCAUAUGUUAGUCCUGAAAUGACCUAGUUUGUGUCGAGUGGACGUUAAACCCCAUUUCUCUCUCUCUCACAAAAAAUUGAGAAUACAGAAAUGAAAAACAUAAACUUUCACUUAAUGCAAACAUUCAUAGUUGUAUUAAACCUCAGAUCAAAUAGAUAUUUUUAGUCCUACCAUUUUACUCAUUGUUGUUUGGUAGAAUGAACCUUAAGUUGUUGACAGUGUGUUAAAAGACAAAGGAAUAAAUGUGAUACAUAUAAAACUGUUUAUAAUAUAUAUAUAUAUUAUUUUUAAUCAACUUUAUAAAUAUAUAUAUGUUAAUUUUUAAUCAACUCUGUAAGAUGGUAAAAGUGUUUAAAUAUUCAUACUAUUUUUCAAUCAACUCUGUAAAACUGUUACAUAUAAUAGGGCCUAUAUAGUAUUUACAGUUUAUGAUAUUUAUACAUGUAUAUGUAUAGUAUUUUUCAAUUAACUCUGUUAAUUUGUAUAUUUAUUACUCUUUGUUAAUUGUAUUUUACUUGCAUGUAG